AGCCCAGCUCCUCUCCUCCUCCGCCGCCCUAUUCCUCCCACUUUCUGGAUAAAGUCCCCAACUAUCGCUGCGGCUCAUCGGUCCCCGCCGGGAGCGGCCGGACAGAGCAGGGCAAGACCGGUUCGCUCUGAUUUGGGGCUUCUAAUUAUUUAGUUAAUGGAGAUUCGCCGGCAAACAGAUAAAGGAGCCAGGAUGCCAGGUCUCUGAGCGUGUGGAGCCCAACUUCUGACGAUGGAACUGAUCUGACUUCCAGCAGGUCCCAGGAGCGGCCCAACUGUCUUCUCCAGUAACAAGACCUGGGGUCAUCAUGGCAGCAGGAGUAGCGGCGUGGUUGCCCUUUGCCAGGGCAGCUGCCAUAGGAUGGAUGCCAGUGGCCAACUGUCCCAUGCCACUGGCUCCAACGGAGAAAAACAAGAGGCAGGAUGAGCUGAUCAUUCUCAACGUGAGUGGCAGGCGUUUCCAGACCUGGAGGACUACACUGGAGAGAUACCCGGACACUCUCCUGGGCAGCACUGAGAAGGAGUUCUUCUUCAACGAAGACACUAAGGAGUACUUCUUUGACCGGGACCCUGAGGUCUUUAGAUGCAUCUUAAAUUUUUAUAGAACUGGCAAGCUGCACUACCCCAGGUACGAGUGCAUCUCUGCUUAUGACGAAGAGCUUGCCUUCUAUGGGAUCCUCCCUGAAAUCAUCGGGGACUGCUGCUACGAAGAGUACAAAGACAGAAAGCGGGAAAACGUGGAGCGGCUGAUGGAUGACAAUGACUCAGAAAACAACCAAGAAGGGUCCAUGCCAUCCCUGAGCUUCCGGCAGACCAUGUGGCGAGCCUUCGAGAACCCCCACACCAGCACCUUAGCCUUAGUCUUUUACUACGUCACUGGUUUCUUUAUUGCUGUCUCUGUGAUCACUAACGUGGUGGAAACUGUCCCUUGUGGCACGGUGCCUGGGAACAAGGAGCUUCCAUGUGGGGAAAGAUACGCUGUGGCUUUCUUUUGCUUGGACACGGCUUGCGUGAUGAUUUUCACGGUUGAGUAUCUGUUGAGACUCUUUGCAGCCCCAAGUCGCUACCGAUUCAUUAGAAGUGUGAUGAGCAUCAUUGAUGUGGUGGCCAUCAUGCCGUACUACAUUGGCUUGGUGAUGACCAACAACGAGGAUGUCAGCGGAGCCUUUGUGACACUAAGGGUUUUUCGGGUUUUCAGGAUUUUCAAGUUCUCUCGCCAUUCCCAAGGCUUAAGAAUCUUGGGCUACACUUUGAAGAGCUGUGCCUCCGAGCUUGGCUUUCUCCUCUUUUCCCUCACUAUGGCAAUCAUCAUCUUUGCAACUGUGAUGUUUUAUGCAGAGAAAGGGUCCUCGGCAAGCAAAUUCACCAGUAUUCCUGCUUCCUUUUGGUACACUAUUGUAACCAUGACAACACUGGGUUAUGGUGACAUGGUGCCCAAGACAAUUGCUGGGAAGAUCUUUGGCUCCAUCUGCUCCCUGAGCGGGGUGCUGGUCAUUGCUCUCCCGGUUCCAGUCAUUGUUUCCAACUUCAGCCGGAUUUACCACCAGAACCAGCGAGCCGACAAGCGGAGAGCGCAGAAGAAAGCCAGGCUGGCGAGGAUCCGAGUGGCCAAAACAGGCAGCUCCAACGCUUAUCUUCACAGCAAGCGCAACGGCCUCCUGAACGAAGCCCUGGAGCUGACGGGAUCCACUGAGGAUGAACAGCAUCUGACUAAAGGCACCUCCUUAAUUGAAAGCCAACAUCACCACCUGCUGCACUGCCUGGAAAAAACAACCGGAUUGUCCUAUCUUGUGGAUGAUCCCCUGUUAUCUGUACGAACUUCCACCAUCAAGAACCACGAGUUCAUAGACGAGCAGCUGUUUGAGCAGAACUGCAUGGAGAGCUCGAUGCAAAACUAUCCUUCUUCUCGGAGCCCUUCCUUGUCCAGCCACCACGGCCUGACCACCUCCUGCUGUUCUCGCCGUAACAAGAAGACCACUCACCUUCCCAACUCCAGCGUGCCGGCCACUCGGCUCCGGAGCAUGCAGGAGCUCAGCACCAUCCACAUCCAGUGCAGCGAGCAGCCCUCGCUCACUACAAGUCGUUCCAGUCUCAACAUGAAAUCAGAUGAUGGGCUGAGACCGAACUGCAAAACUGCCCAGAUCACCACAGCCAUCAUCAGCAUCCCCACGCCGCCCGCGCUCACGCCCGAGGGCGAGGGUCACCCUCCCCCCAGCAGCCCCAGCCACUCCACGAACAUUCCCACCACGGCCACCACCAACAUCGUCAAGGUCUCUGCCUUGUAAGACGUCUCACGCACGGAAGGAGGCUGGAAGACCAGUGCCCCUCUCCCUCCACACCUCCAUCUUCCUUUCUUGCUGCAAAUUGUGCCUGGGAUGGACCACAACCUGACGUUUUGUCACCGAAUUAGCAAUGGAGACCUAACGAGGCAGCUUUCUUCAGACUGUGGCCUGAGGAAGGAUUAGGAGAUGGAGGAAGAGGCUGGUUAAAGGGAAAACCUGCUUUGGAGAGCGCGUCGUGCCAUGGUACAGGGCAAAAAACAAAAAUCACCCGCGGAGGCUGGAGGGAAAGAAUCAUCAUGGCAACAGGAGAGUCAAUAAAGAAAAUGGAAAUAUAACACUGUGUAUCGCAGCACCUUUUUAAAGGUUUUUAAUGGAUAAUAUUUAUUCAUGAGGAAAUGACUGAAAAGGUGAAAAACAAUGGAUUUUGUGAAUUUUUUUUUUUCUUCAUGGAGCAGAACCUUGAAACCAACCAAAAUUUCACUUUUUUUUUUUUUUCUUUUAUAGGAAAAGAUUUAGACAAAGAAGCCACCUGUCACAGAAAUCUCUUUUCCAUUCCCCUGUGUGUGUGUACGUGCGAGUGUGCGGCAGAGCCCCAUCCGAGCACCCCUGAAUUGCAAAGAGCAGAGCACGUGUCCGUGGUUGGGUGCACAGUAGGGAAACCCCAAGCAUGUGGCAGCACACACACGUGUGCACACGUGCGCGCACACACACACACACACACCUGUUUCACCCUGGAUGGCAUUCUUUAUUUAGACGAUUUUGUAUCAGCCUUUUAAGUCAAUACAGUGCAAUUGCAAACGGCGUGUUUGUCUGCUAAUUAUUGUCUGUGAAAACAUAUUUGUGAACAAAAAAAAAGACAAAAAAAAAAAAAAGAGACAGGCUUUAGUAGAGUUUUAGUCCCACAUGGGUAUCUGCUUUCUAUUUUUGUUAUCACUUACUUGUAAGAGUGUGACUAGACUACCAGUUCUGUAUUUUUAAAAAGAAAAAAAAAAAAAAGGUAGGAUUCUUUUUUAAUACUAUACACACAAAUGGCAAAGAAUGAGAAAGCACUGAACUCAACUGCAUCAAGCGUUCAUAAGUCUAACAGAGGUUUCUUGUAAUGUAUGCCCAUGCUUUUUUAUUUUUUGUUUUCUAUCUAUAAAUUUCUUUGCUAGCACUGGACAUACAACCCAUUGUAAAUAGUAGCCAAAUAAUGUCUGGAUCUAUACUUGACAAUAACUAACCCCAGAGCCAAAUACUUUGGGUGGACAGAGAGGUAUUUGGCUUUUUCACAGUCUUAGGGCUCCAAUUGUCUCAUCUGGGGCACACUGAAUUUGGGGGUAGACUGGGUUAGCAAUUUUAGUUCUCCAGCCCCAGCACAGGAUCUACAGCAGGAAUCCAGUUGAGAAGGGGGAGCAGUACUGGAGUGUGGAAAACAUUUGCUAAAGUGUGGUACGGAUAGCAUUGUCUUUUUGCAGUUCUACACUUAAUUUGGGAAAAGUAACACAAUUCUAGUCAACCAAAAACUGAAUUAACACUGUGUGGUACUGCCAAGAAGCUCAUACUUGUAACUAAGCUGGGGUCAGUCCUAGCACCUCUUCCUGAGAUCUUUCUAGGAAUGAUUUAUUCUAAGGAAAUACAUGGUCCUGAAACAUAACCCAUUUCCCCCCCCCUAAGCAGAGUAACUUUUUUCUUCCGUUCUGCCUUUCUCAAGCCCCCUUGAGACAGGCGUGAUCCACGAAGGGCAGAGUGAGGAACAUCACCCACCUUUUCACCGGUCAUACACCCUUUGGCUAACUAUUGUGGUCGUGCAGAAACACCCCUCCAAGGCCCCGUAGACACCCAGGGGUGACGAUGCACCCAGCCCCUGACAGCUUGUAGAAAAUAAGGAAACAUUUCCACGUCCUGUUUCUGAACAGUGAUUUUACCACCAUUAGAGUUGCAAGAGCAUGUUCGAGGCUGAUUCCGCAAAGGGAUGACUUUUUUUUUUUACAUCCGUCAUAAUCUUUCCUGAUGUAAUAUUUAUAUACACAUAUACACAUACACAUAUAAAUAAAUACAGACAUAUACAUGUAUAGAUAGAGAAAUAGACCUACAUGCUGACUUAAACAUACGAGCUAGCGACCCGCUGUGUUAGCGCUCCUGUUAGGCUGUAAGUGGACUCAGAGGCUGAUGCAUUAACUCAAUACCCUCCUUAGGAACCUACAACAUUCUAGAAAUAUUAGGGCUGUGGCUAAGCCUUCAGUAGCUGCACCAGCUUCUAGUCAUUUAUUCCAGUGCUCUGAUACGUUACUCAGAACUAUGUUUAGUCCUGUUUUAAAUGAUUAAAACGCUCUGCCUUUGCUGCUUCCGGUAGGAGGUUAUACUGCAGUUAAUCUUACCAUUAUUGAGUUUUUUCUUGAUGUUUUAAUUUAAUCUUUCCUUCACUUUAAUCUCAUUAUUUGUCAUCAUCUGCUCCCCAUCACCCCUUGUAGAUCAGAGGCCUUGCUCUCCACCACUUAUACCACCCUGCACCCUCGUUUACCCCCAGCACAGGAGGAGGGUUAAAUGCUGACAGGGUACAGUGUUCCUUCCCUCACAGGAGGAAACACUCAGAGCCAGGGAAUCCACACGGAUUUUCGGUGCUGCCUUUCUUAUUCCUGAAUUACCAGGGAGUGGUAAACAAGCCACUCCACCUCCCUGCCCCCAUUUCUUUAUCUGUAAAUAGCAAUCACGGCAGCCCUUCUCUGAAGCACUAUUGGGGCAUUUAAUUGCUAUCAAUCAAAAUGCUUUUUGAAAAAAAAAAAUAAUAUUUUUUAAGAGGAAAAAAAAAAAAAAAAUUAAGGAAGAAAGCCAGUCCCUGGGGUUUCUGGCUGCCUGCUCGGGCUCAGCUCCUCAAGACAGCCACAGCCUUUGUUCUCUUCCAGGCAAGAGGAACCACUGUUAUCCCUGCUCACAACCAGGAGGCUUGUCUCUGCUACCAUGAACUGAGCAGGUGCUGCCCCACGCAGUCAGUACAUCAGCUCAGGCUUCCAGAGGAUAAAGACAGACAAAACUGAGGAAGUCUGAGCCUAGAGGAACAGGGCUAAAAAUAUUUUUAAUGGAAGCAUUAGCUCCCUUUAUACACUGAUUUGAAGCAGACUGAGUAAUGCUUCCUAAAGCACUUGAAAAUACUCUUGUACCAAACCUCCCUGGAUUGCCCAACACAGCUACAUCCUCCUGAUGAGUGCACUGUGCAGUUACCAAAACAGAAUCUGUUGCCAUCCUAUCAGUGGCUGGUGGGACACAACAUAAUCCUUCAAACAAAACACGGGGGAGAAGGGAAAGCAUUUGCACAGAAAAGCACUGGAACUGCACUACAGCCACUUGUUCCUACAGUAAAGGGAGGCAAUUAGCUUUACUAAACUGCAAGGCUCUUUCUAAUCUUUAAAUAGCAACUUCUAAACCAUUGCUGAGAUAAGGCCAAGUCAAUCCUGAAAAUUCCUGGGCUUUAACUGAAGGAUUCAGACCAUUCUCCCCAGCGGUCCCCAGUGUUACCAGCAUCCCUCUCCCCAGGGCCACACACAUCCAUGGACACGGACACAGAAACCAGCACGUACCCCCACAAUCCUGGUCAUUCCUGGUGCACGUGGAAGGGGCUUCCUCGGGUGGGGGCUCCCUCCAGGAGGAGAAGCAUCCAGAACCAGAGGCAGGUUCUAGUCCUGACACUUCUCUGAAAGGCAGGUGGGACAAAAACAGCCUGAUUAGCAAAAGGUCAGCAGCAUGUGGGCAGUUCAUCUCAAAAGCCUUCCCCUUCCCCCUAAUUCCUUGUGACUUUUUAUAGUUUUAGAUAAGUUCAUUAAAAAAAAAAAAGAUGAAAACAGAUUGUUUGUACAAAAAGCAAGUGGAAGGGGAUUAUUUUUUCAGCCUUUCAUAAAGCAAUAUUAAAAAUAUCAAAGGAGCAACACUUUUUUCUGAGCGUUUUGUUUCCUUUCCAAAGCCUUUACUGAGGGGAAAAUAUUUUCACAGAUUUUCAGCAUAUUCUAUUAAUAGAUUUGCUCUCUUCUCACCUGGCAUUGGGCUGCUAAUAGAAGGAAUCACACCUAAUUGGCAAAGACUGAUGAGAAAUACCUUUCACACCUAAGCCUUGACUUCUAGCUACUCUUUCUAAAAUCCACCUUUUACUUUCCUUUUCCUUAAAAAUCUUAAAGGCACCCAUAAAGAAGAGGCCACAGAUAACACAUCUUGCAACAUAAAAAUUAAAGAAUUAAAAAAUUUAAUCCAUCCUCAGCUAGCACAAGUUCCUUCACUUUCUCUGGAUUAGAAUUAGAAUUCUCCAAGGGAAGGGCUCCUUCCAGACGAAUAGAUCCCAACGUCAGGGAUUUUUCCCCUGCUGUUCAGCCAGAAUUCUGUCCUUAUUUUUUCCUCUCUUGCUGCCAUUAUGCUCCUUCACACCAUGUUAAAUUAUUCUUCUUCCCACGUUGUAAGUUUGCUGCCUUCCAGCAUCAGAGGAAUAGAAAACUUUCUACAGCAAAUUCUUGGCCCAGAGACUACUUUUGUCUGUCAAAUAAUUAUCACUGGUAAAGGUCAACUGAGGAAAAAGUAAACUAAGUAGCAUACGUGGCUUUAGUGUUGAAUAAAGUUAAUAGGUAAUUCAAAAUACAUCCUUCUCUACAGUGGGCCAGAAAUACUAAAUUUGAGUCAAUGCCGACCGUUGAUAAUAUACUUCUACUGCAAAUGAGCAUUUAUCAUUCCAGGUUAGACAGCAGAAGGUAUGCACGUGAAAAUCAGAUUAAUAGCAGCUACAGAAAGCAAUCUUUCUUCAAACGUUUUGCUUUUUUAAGUAAAGAGGUUGUAAACAUGUUGUAUCUUACGUGUAUUAUAAAGCUAAUUCAGUAAAUUAAAAACCACAUUUAAUUUAUGGGUUGCAACAUCCCUUGGAUCCUGUAAUAGUUUCCCUGUGUUGGACUGUGGCAGUUACAAAGUCAGCACUCACGGACAGCUUGUGAACAUCAGCAGCUUUCGACUGAAAACUUUAUUCUGCUUUGUAAAUUAGGCGAAUAAUAUACCUUUUCCACGUAAUUUACCAAUCAAAUACAUCUUGGUUUUUUUGAAAUCACUUAUUUUUCUCUAACACUUUAAGCCACUGCACUAGAUAACGUGAGUUCAGAGCUCAAGUUUUUAGGCUUCACAUCUAACAAUGCCACAAACACUCUUGGUAAUGGUUUUAUCUCUCUAGAACUGGAAGAGCAGAGAGAAGGCAGGGCACACCCCGUUAGAGCCGGGAGGCUUAGCCUCAGGAACCUGUGUUCUACUCCUGAUUGUCUUGAUGAAUCACUAAGUGACCUCAAAGAAGUCAUUUCACCUCUCUUUGCCAAUUAGACGAGCCGUGCAGGGUUUAACACCUCCUCUUUCAAUCAGUGAAGCUCAAUUCCUGAACACCUACAAACCACCCCAGAGAACUCUUGAGAAAAGCGUUACGGGAGAACUGCUACUUACACUCCAACCGCAAAAAAAACACUUCAGGUGGAACAGUCAAAAAGACCAGGUGACAAAGAGCUUGUGAAAAUUCCUUCCUGAGUUUUGUUCUCAGUCGAUGACCUGUUAGUUUGUGUGUAUCCGUGUGCACGUGUUCCUUUUCACUCUGGUUUCAGUAGUCCCAGUCCCAGCAGUCCCACAGCUGGCUGGGCCAGAAGUUCCCCACCCCGUGGAAUGCUCUUCUCCCUUCUGUUGCAACCACGACCGGGAGCUCCCGCUGGCUCCUCAGACCAAUGAAAGCAUCUUAGGAAACGCGUGUGAUGGUAUAUUUUUGAUAAAUCAGUAAGGCAUUCCGAUGCAAUGGUGUUUUCUUUAGAAGUUUUAUGUUAUAAGAAGCUCUCAACCUUAUUAUUUUCUAUUUUCGUACUAUAAAUGGGCUUUGCUUACGAACAUCAGAGGACAGAUACAAACUGUACUGUAUACAACUGCAGGUAGCUUCAUUUGAGAACAACUUUCUAGAAGAACCAAGUUUCCUGUUGUCUUCUUUUGGAAUUGUAGUGCAUAUGUUGAAACUUGUAUAUCAUUUACAGUAUUGAGUCUUGUGCCACUGCUGUACCUGAUGUAUCCAAUCUGGAUUAAACAGAGUAUGUGCCACAAAUACCAA